UUAAGUGGUUUUCUAGCAUGGACACUGUUGCUAGCCAUAGUUGUCAUCUUCUCCAGCAGCUACACGAACAGCGAAUUCAAGGGCUUCUCUGUGACUGCAUGCUGGUGGUCAAAGGUGUCUGCUUCAAAGCACACAAAAAUGUGUUAGCUGCUUUCAGUCAAUAUUUCAGGACCCUUUUCCAGAAUUCUUCAGGCCAGAAGAAUGAUGUGUUUCACUUGGACAUUAAAAAUGUAGGUGGCAUUGGCCAGAUCUUGGACUUCAUGUACACAUCUCACCUGGAUCUUAGCCAGGACAAUGUACAAGCUAUGUUGGACAUUGCACAGUGUCUCCAAGUGCAAAACGUGCUGAACAUUUGCCAUACCUUUUUAAAAUCUUCUCCAGCUGUAGAGCAGGCAGCCAACAUGCCUUGUAACAGUGUCUUUUCACUGCAGAACCCUUUGACUACUGAUACUAACUGUGCCAGUGAUGGUUAUGGAACAAACCUACUGCAUGAGUGCUCAUCUGACACCCAGGCUAAUAAAGGCUUGGCUGACCAGCAUUCCCAUCCAUCACAGUCUGUUAAUCUUCACACAUCCUCAGGUGAUGGACAGAAACAGCCACAAGACUCCUUAGAUGGCAACUGCCCAGAGCUUCCCUUUAAACAACCAACUUACUAUUACAAACUCCGCAACUUCUACAGUAAGCAGUUCUAUAAACAAACUGCUUGCUCUGAUCCUGAGAGGGGAGCAGAGCCAUCCUUUCCUUACAACACAGCCACAGAAGUCAACACAGUGGAGAAUAAUCCUUGCCCUGUUAAUCACUCUGAGUGUAUUCUGGAAACCUCUGAUCAUUUACCAUCCAACUUUCUGGUUCAGUCUGUGAAUGAAGCUGCUCCAGAGCAAGAUGCAGGAAGCACACUUGUGCAGCCCACCAAACAGAUGAGGCUGAAAAAGGCAAUACACCUCAAAAAACUAAAUUUUCUGAGGUCUCAGAAAUCUGCAGAGCAGCCACCUGAGCCUAAAAGAGAUGACAGUAGAAUAACAGAAGCAGUUGAACCUGUAAAUGAAAGUACCACAGAUGUGACAAAUGUUAGAGUUACUGAGGAAAAAGAAGCUGAAGAUUUAGUGAAUUCUGAGAACUUUGAACAAACUGUUGAAAUGGAAAGAUCUCAAGGUCCUUUGGAACAAGAAGGACAAUCACAGACUCCUCAGUCGCAGAGACAAUAUACUUGUGAAUUAUGUGGGAAGGCUUUCAAACAUCCAAGCAAUUUGGAGCUCCAUAAAAGGUCUCAUACAGGUGAGAAACCUUUUGAAUGUAACAUUUGUGGGAAACACUUCUCACAGGCAGGUAAUCUCCAGACGCAUUUACGUCGACAUUCUGGUGAAAAGCCAUACAUUUGUGAAAUCUGUGGGAAAAGAUUUGCUGCUUCUGGUGAUGUUCAGCGUCAUAUUAUUAUUCAUUCUGGGGAAAAGCCUCAUCUGUGUGAUAUCUGUGGCAGAGGAUUCAGUAACUUCAGUAAUUUGAAGGAGCAUAAAAAGACCCACACAGCAGAUAAAGUGUUCACCUGUGAUGAGUGUGGGAAGUCAUUUAAUAUGCAACGAAAAUUAGUGAAGCACAGAAUUAGGCACACAGGAGAAAGACCAUACAGCUGUUCAGCAUGUGGGAAAUGUUUUGCAGGCUCUGGUGACCUGCGCAGACAUGUGAGGACUCACACGGGAGAAAAACCCUAUACCUGUGAAACUUGUAACAAAUGCUUCACUCGCUCUGCAGUUCUGCGGAGGCACAAGAAAAUGCACUGCAAAGCCUCUGAGGAGGGGCCAAACACUCUCGAGGAAUUUACUCAAGGGAUCGAAACUUCUGACCUUGACAAGUCUCAGAGUUCUGACUCUUUCGGCCCAGAAAUGUCUGUUACGUUGUUACCAGUGUCUGUGAAGUUUCCCAUUCGUCCAACUGGAAAUUCCACCGAGUUUGACAGUUCUGGGGAUUCUUACUGUAAGCUGCGAUCCAUGAUCCAGCACCAUGACUCUGCCAGCCAACAGAAACUCGGUGUGGAUUCUGCUAAACUCCCAAAGGCUCAGGCACAGCAAACUCCACCGCCCCCAUAUCCUUACGCAGACGUGGAUGUGUCCUCUGCAGAAGAACCUUUACAGGCUGAUACCAUGCCCAUGGUUCGCUCCUCCCUGGGCAGCCUGGACAGCCACUGCAGUGAUCCCCUGGGCAGUCGCGCGCCAUCGGCCGCGUAUAAGAACAAUGAGGGGCCCUUCUUCUCCAGCAUGACCCUCUGGGGUUUGGCCAUGAAGACCUUGCAGAAUGAAAGUGAAUUGGAGCAAUGA